GUCGGGAGGAAGGCCCCGCGCGCCGCGCCCCGCUCCCCCCGCGGUUCAGGCUGGAGGUGCUCGAGCGCCUGCUGCCCAGGACCCCGCCGCCGCCCAUGGAGGCGGAGAUGCUGCAGUCGCCCCUGCUGGGGCUGGGCGAGGACGACGAGGCCGACCUCGCCGACUGGAGCCUGCCCCUGGCCUUUAUGAAGAAGAGGCACUGUGAGAAGAUCGAGGGCUCCAAGUCCCUAGCGCAGAGCUGGAGGAUGAAGGACCGGAUGAAGACGGUCAGCGUUGCCUUAGUCCUGUGCCUGAAUGUUGGUGUGGACCCUCCUGAUGUGGUAAAGACCACCCCCUGUGCUCGUCUGGAGUGCUGGAUCGAUCCGCUCUCGAUGGGUCCUCAGAAGGCUCUGGAGACCAUUGGCGCCAACCUGCAGAAGCAGUACGAGAACUGGCAGCCCAGGGCCCGGUACAAGCAGAGCCUGGACCCCACGGUGGACGAGGUGAAGAAGCUGUGCACGUCCCUGCGCCGGAACGCCAAGGAGGAGCGCGUGCUCUUCCACUACAAUGGCCACGGCGUGCCCCGGCCCACGGUGAACGGCGAGAUCUGGGUUUUCAACAAGAACUACACGCAAUACAUCCCACUGUCGAUCUAUGACCUACAGACGUGGAUGGGCAGCCCCUCGAUCUUCGUGUACGACUGCUCCAAUGCUGGCCUCAUCGUCAAGUCCUUCCGGCAGUUCGCCCUGCAGCGGGAGCAGGAGCUGGAGGUCGCGGCCAUCAACCCCAACCACCCACUGGCCCAGAUGCCUCUGCCCCCGUCCAUGAAGAACUGCAUCCAGCUGGCUGCCUGCGAAGCCAGCGAGCUCCUGCCCAUGAUCCCCGACCUCCCAGCUGACCUCUUCACCUCCUGCCUCACCACCCCCAUCAAAAUCGCCCUGCGCUGGUUCUGUAUGCAGAAGUGUGUCAGCCUGGUGCCCGGAGUCACGCUGGACCUGAUAGAGAAGAUCCCUGGCCGGCUGAACGACAGGAGGACGCCCCUGGGCGAGCUGAACUGGAUCUUCACUGCGAUCACAGACACCAUCGCGUGGAACGUGCUCCCUCGGGACCUCUUCCAGAAGCUCUUCAGGCAGGACCUGCUGGUGGCCAGUCUGUUCCGAAACUUCCUUCUGGCCGAGAGGAUCAUGCGGUCCUACAACUGCACGCCCGUCAGCAGCCCGCGCCUGCCGCCCACCUACAUGCACGCCAUGUGGCAAGCCUGGGACCUCGCCGUGGACAUCUGCCUCUCCCAGCUGCCCACCAUCAUUGAGGAGGGCACUGCGUUCCGGCACAGUCCGUUCUUUGCCGAGCAGCUGACCGCGUUCCAGGUGUGGCUUACGAUGGGUGUGGAAAACAGGAGCCCACCUGAGCAGCUCCCUAUCGUUUUACAGGUGCUGCUGAGCCAGGUGCACCGGCUGAGAGCCCUGGACUUGCUGGGACGGUUCCUGGACCUGGGCCCCUGGGCAGUGAGCCUAGCCCUGUCCGUGGGCAUCUUCCCGUAUGUGCUCAAGCUGCUGCAGAGCUCGGCCCGGGAGCUGCGGCCCCUGCUUGUCUUCAUCUGGGCCAAGAUUCUUGCUGUGGACAGUUCCUGCCAAGCUGACCUGGUGAAGGACAGCGGCCACAAGUACUUCCUCUCCGUCCUGGCUGACCCCUACAUGCCAGCUGAACACAGGACCAUGACGGCCUUCAUCCUUGCCGUGAUCGUCAACAACUACAACACGGGGCAGGAAGCCUGCCUGCAGGGGAACUUGAUCGCCAUCUGCCUGGAGCAGCUCAACGACCCCCACCCACUGCUGCGCCAGUGGGUGGCCAUCUGCCUGGGGCGGAUCUGGCAGAACUUCGACUCCGCCCGGUGGUGUGGGGUGCGGGACAGUGCCCACGAGAAGCUCUGCAGCCUACUGUCCGACCCCAUUCCUGAGGUGCGCUGUGCAGCCGUCUUCGCCCUCGGCACGUUUGUGGGCAACUCUGCGGAGAGGACCGACCACUCCACCACCAUCGACCACAACGUGGCCAUGAUGCUGGCCCAGCUGAUCAGUGACGGGAGCCCCGUGGUCCGGAAGGAGCUGGUGGUGGCGCUGACGCACCUGGUGGUUCAGUACGAGAGCAACUUCUGUUCCGUGGCCUUGCAGUUCAUGGAGGAGGAAAAGAGCUACCCCUUGCCUUCUCCAGCGGCCGCAGAGGGCGGGAGCCUGACCCCCGUGCGCGACAGCCCCUGCACCCCCAGGCUGCGCUCCGUGAGCUCCUACGGGAACAUCCGCGCCGUCACCACCGCCCGGAGCUUGAACAAGUCGCUGCAGAACCUGAGCCUGACAGAGGAGUCGGGCGGCGCGGUCGCCUUCUCGCCCGGGAACCUGAGCACCAGCAGCAGCGCCAGCAGCACGCUGGGCAGCCCCGAGAACGAGGAGUACAUCCUGUCCUUCGAGACCAUCGACAAGAUGCGCAGGGUCAGCUCCUACUCCGCCCUCAAUUCCCUCAUAGGCGUCUCCUUCAACAGCGUCUACACCCAGAUGUGGAGGGUCCUGCUGCACCUGGCCGCGGACCCCUACCCAGACGUGUCCGACCUGGCCAUGAAGGUGCUCAACAGCAUCGCCUAUAAGGCCACCAUGAAUGCACGGCCUCAGCGCAUCCUCAGCACCUCCUCGCUCACCCAGUCAGCGCCCGCCAGCCCCACCAACAAGGGCAUCCACAUCCAGCAGGCAGGGGGCUCCCCUCCGACAUCCAGUGCAAGCAGCUCCAGCCCCACCAAUGACGUGGCCAAGCAGCCAGCCAGCCGCGAGCUGCCUGCGGGUCGGCUGGGUGCCACAGGGCCCACGGGGGUACAGUACACACCCCACUCCCACCAGUUCCCCCGCACACGGAAGAUGUUCGACAAGGGCCCCGACCAGACCACGGACGACCCGGAUGACACUGGACACAAGAGCUUCAUCUCGGCCACGAUGCAGACAGGCUUCUGCGACUGGAGCGCCCGGUACUUUGCCCAGCCCGUCAUGAAGAUCCCAGAAGAGCACGACCUGGAGAGUCAGAUCCGCAAGGAGCGGGAGUGGAGGUUUCUGCGCAACAGCUGUGUCAGGAGGCAGGCGCAGCAGCUCAUCCAGAAGGGCAUCACAAGGCUGGACGACCAGAUUUUCCUGAACAGGAAUCCAGGUGUCCCCUCUGUGGUCAAGUUCCACCCCUUCACCCCGUGUGUGGCCGUGGCUGACAAGGACAGCAUCUGUUUCUGGGACUGGGAGAAAGGGGAGAAGCUGGACUAUUUCCACAACGGGAACCCCCGGUACACGCGGGUCACCGCCAUGGAGUACCUGAAUGGCCAGGACUGCUCGCUGCUGCUCACAGCCACAGACGAUGGCGCCAUCAGAGUCUGGAAGAAUUUCGCUGAUUUGGAAAAGAAUCCAGAAAUGGUGACCGCCUGGCAGGGGCUCUCGGACAUGCUGCCCACAACCCGAGGAGCUGGAAUGGUGGUGGACUGGGAGCAGGAGACCGGCCUCCUCAUGAGUUCAGGGGACGUGCGGAUCGUCCGGAUCUGGGACACGGACCGUGAGAUGAAGGUGCAGGAUAUCCCCACGGGCGCGGACAGCUGUGUGACAAGCCUGGCCUGUGACUCCCACCGGUCCCUCAUCGUGGCUGGCCUGGGCGACGGCUCCGUCCGUGUCUAUGACAGGAGGAUGGCCCUCAGCGAAUGCCGCGUCAUGACGUACCGGGAGCACACGGCCUGGGUGGUGAAGGCCUGCCUGCAGAAGCGUCCUGAGGGCCACAUCGUGAGCGUGAGCGUGAAUGGAGAUGUGCGCUUCUUUGACCCUCGGAUGCCAGAGUCUGUGAACGUGCUACAGAUCGUGAAGGGGCUCACAGCCCUCGACAUCCACCCCCAGGCCAACCUGAUCGCGUGCGGCUCCAUGAACCAGUUCACCGCCGUCUAUAGUGGCAGCGGGGAGCUCAUCAACAGCAUCAAGUACUACGACGGCUUCAUGGGCCAGCGUGUCGGUGCCAUCAGCUGCUUGGCCUUCCACCCGUACUGGGUCUGUGUCCCUGUGCCUGGGGGGGAGGGCUGGGGGCUUGGGGGCCAGCAGCAGCGAGCGGAUGGGCUGCAGCGAGGCCCCCCACACCACCUGCCCUGGGCCUCCACCCUCCCCUGUCCAGGGCCAUGGCACCAGACUGCCCUCAGUCCUGUCACUCAGGGAACAUGUAAAACAGCCCCGCCCUCCACAUCACCUGUGGCCCCUGCACUAAUGUCACCCUGGAGAGAUUUCCAUGAGAAGUCUGGGGAACCACAGUCUGUUGUAUUUAUAGUGAGAUUCUACCCGCCUGCCUUUGGGCCACCUGGGUUCCAUGGGAGCCCAGCGUGCAGCUGUGCCGAAAUGCACGACAUUCGAUCCCCAUAGCCAUCCCUGGGGGGCAGUCCUGGGAGAGGCUCAGGGACUGGGUAGCUUGUAGGCUCCGGUGCUGGAGGGUGUGUAGGGGCUCUGCUGAAAGCCCAGCUGAGGGUCCCGUCGGUCCUACACCUGCCUCUUGGGUGUAGGGGGGCAUCCCCCAGGGCCACUCCCCUGCUCACUCGCUCUCCACUCUCCCCUUGCAGCCUCACCUGGCCGUGGGCAGCAAUGACUACUACAUGUCCGUGUACUCCGUGGAGAAGCGUGUCAGAUAGCGGCCCCGCCCGCCAGGCCGUGUGUACAUAGUGGGCCCUCCACGGCCCGGCAACUCUGAUCCUGACCUGGCCACUGAGGGCUCCCGGAGGCCCCCGCUGUCUGUCUGUCCUUGCUGUCACACCUGGAGCCCAGGGAAGGGACUCUGGUGGAGCCCUGUGGUGUGAGGGUCGCUUCUCUGCUGAGACACAACUUCUAGGCCGAGGACCAGUCACUGUCCAUACCUUCCUGUCUCGUUUUCCUGCCAAGAGUUUUAAAGAGGGAAACACUCAUUUUAUUUUCCAAGUGAUCCAAGCAUGAGCCCCACAGAGCUCCGAGGUGGACACCGGCUUCUCCAGGGCUCGGCCACCUGGCGGGUCGCUGGGCUGCCACUGCCUGGCCAUGAGCAAGCACCAGUGCAGCCCAGCCUGGCCGAGUCCUCCCGCUUGUGCACACAGGGACUGGGAACAGUUCCAAGCAGGUGGGAGAGGCUGGGGGUUCGAGACCGAGCACAGAGGAGAUGAAGGAGCCGGCACCCGGGCCUCUGGCUAACCCACUGGGGCUCACUCCCCUCCCCCCCAACCCCCUGCAAUGCAGCCACCUUCCUGGCACGGGCGCAGCCUUGGAUUUGAGCUUGGGCCCUGUCACCACAGAUCCUUUAGCAGGAGGGGCCUGUGGCCUUGGAUGGGCAGGCAGGUCUCUGGUGACUCAGCCACUGCCGAGGCCACGGCUUGUUUCCGUGGAAGGGAUGCUCCUGGCAGGUGCAGUGACAGUGCCCAGGCCUGUGAUCUCCCCGCCUGUGUAUGCACACAUGUCACACACAACACACACGUGCACAUGGGAGGCACAGUUGGAGCCCCGAGAGCAUCUGGUUAGACAACGUCCAGUCUGCAGGCCCCAUCCCCACACAGUGCAGCCGCCACACGGGAGUUCCUUGCAGAUUGCGUUAGCUCGUGUCUGUGUGUGUGUACCCAUGUAUGCAGACAUGUAUGUGUGAUUGUGCAGGCAUCUGUGCAAGUGGUGUGUGUGGAUGCGCAUGUCUGUGUGUGCGAGUGCACAGGUGUGUGCCUGCAUGUGCGAGUGUGCUGGUGUGUGCAAACACACGUGUCUGUGCAUGUGCGUGUGUGGGUGUGCAUGUGCAUAGUAGGGAAGCCGUGGCGACAGCUGAGCCAGGAAGGACCACGGAGGAUGUGCUGAGCAAUCACAGACAGCACUUGGAAAACAAAACAACCACAAUGAUGAUAUUUGAAAAGCAUUUUUUCCAUUUUCCUUGGGAAUCAGGAUUAUUCAUAUAGAGAACCGAGGAGGCUUAAUUAAUUCUGCCAGAAAGAGGCCAAUAAUAGUGUGAAUGUGAGUGAGCGGUGACGAGAGCUUAAAGGCCCUUGCACUGCAGAAACUGGCUCUGCCUCAGCCAAGGGCGUGUGCGGGGACAGAGCCCCCCGGCAGUACAGCCUGGGAGCCCUGGGCCAGUCUCCGUGGGACUGGACGGGGCGGGAUGGGCUGGGCCGGGCGGCGGUCCCGCCCAUGGGCCCUGCUUGUCCCCUCCAGGAGAAGGCUCUGGGACAGAAUUCCCACUCUGGCUCUGUGACUUUCUGCCAUGUUCUGGGUGAGAGCCACGCGAGGUCAGGAAGCCACAGAGUCUCGCUCCCCACACGGUGCCUGUCAGCUCUGUGAGGUGCUCCUGGCACCAGACCUUCCAGAAGCUGAGCUCCACCCAUAGACACUGAGGGCGUGUCUGAUUCGUGGAUCAGUUCCCCUCCAGAUCCCAGGCUUACGUGCGGUUCUGUUUGUUUUGAGACAAAACUGUGACCUGUCCCAGCGUGGCCACUGCCCUCUGUGGGGUGACCAUGGCCACCAUGAGAGGGUGUGCCCAGGUUGAAUGCGAAAAUUCAAUCAUGAAGUUGACCCAGGCUCCGGGGCCUGACCUAAAGGUUCAUUUAUCUCUAUUUAUUUUACCAGAACGAGAAUUGGAAAGACUUUGACAAACAUGGGAUUGUAAUGUGGAUGGGAGAGCGGUGGUGGACAAUAAACGCUAAUGAAUAAGUGGGCCA